AUGGCCCAGACACGAGACAUAUUGAAUCACUACAACAUAUCCAAUCCGUUUCCGACAGAGUGGCCGGCGGAGCUGGAUAGCGAUGACGAGGACCCGGAUGCCGCGGGCGUCAGACGGUCUCGCUCCCGUUACUCAGCCUUGGAAAGGACCGCUAGUGAGAGGAAGAGUCUUCUCCCUGGAUCCCAGAGGACGGUCGAGGGAAGGGCGAAUCUGGUGCAGAAAGAUGAACCAGAUCCUUUGGGAGCGCCAUCAAGCGUGGUGACCUCGUUGACGAACCUUGGCCUGCCAGCGGAACAUGACACACGGUACAGAAACAGGUUCAUGCUCUCCUCAACAACCUUUUCUCCAGAAUUAUUCCUGUCGACAACUCACUCCGAUGACACCACAGAAGACCUGAUACAAGGAUCCAAAUAUCUGGCCAGGUCCAUCGACCAGCAAUCGGCGCCACUCAAAGCCUUGGUGGAGACCAACUUUGAGCGCUUCGUCCGCGCCAAAGCCACCAUCGACAAUGUGUAUACCGAAAUGCGGAACCAAGGCAUUGAUACCCAUGCCAAUACUCCCCCGUCUCCCCGCCAUUCUCGUCGCGUCAGUGGCAUCCACUUUCGGAAUAUUAGCGGUGGCAGUGCGGCUGGCGUGACACCUCCUCAGCGCCCGAGCAAAAAUGCAUUACGCAAGGAGACAGACUAUGGUGUGCAAGGUAUGAAAAUCUCGCUGUCGGAGGUCUCCAAAAAGGCCGAGGAUGUCUGGGGCCCUGCACUGGGCGGAAAGGAACGUGAAGCGAAAUUAAAAGUUAUCUUGAAUGCGGUGGAGAAAGACAGGGCAAUCUUUGAAUUGGGCUCGUCUCUGAGUGAAGCUAUCAACCAGAGAGACUAUGACAGAAUUGUAGAGUUAUACAAUUCUGCUCGUCAGUACGCCGCCGAGGCACGAGCCUUCGGCGAAGAGGUGAGGCAAACCGGCCGUGGACUUUCAGAUGAUGAAGUCUAUCGGGUUGUCAUUGUCGGCAAAAUGUGGUCAAGUGUGGAUGAACAAAUAAAAGCACUGAAACGCGACAUUUGGCGCAAGCUCUCCAACACCUCGGCCGCUCUCCCACAUUCUGGGGUGUCCCAGGCAGAGGAGCAUAUGGAACUCAUCACGGUUUUGUUACACCUAGGCGUGGAGGAGAGCCCGAUCUGGGUUUACCUCCUCAGCCGAUACGACUUCUUGAAGAACAAGAUUGCUGCAGUCGUGGAGAGAUCCAAGAUUGAAAUCGAGAUCCUGCGCCGCCGUCUGGCACUUGGAGAACGUCCAACCUCCGAGACUGUGGCGAUGUUUCUGAGACAGGCCUCCAAAGAGCGGCCGGAAGCUCUCGACACCGAAGAUGUCAUCGAUUUCUGGAGCUGCACACUGACCUACUUUACGAAGCUGCUGUCUUUGUCCAACGGGCUGCUCGGCGAGAUUGUCGACUUCUGGGAAACAGCACAGUCUUUUAUCGAUGGCAGCAGACAGAAAAGUUUGCCCACUGGGUAUGAAGGUGAGAGCAGCAAGCAUCUUCAACUAUCCGAAUCGGAAGUCAACGGGUUGCGGAGCGGCGUCACCGAACUGGUCAGUCAGUUGAGGGAUGCUGUCUUUUCGCUUUUCGCCGACCCGCCCGCUGAAGACAUCUCGUCUUUGUUCUCGCCAGUACCUGGAUCCGCCGGUACACCUACAACCCCUCACAUGGGAGCGGCGUUUUCGCCCACCGAUGGCCGAAUAGGCAGACUUGAUCCUACAGAUCUGCCUGCGGCGGCGGCAAAGAAAGGCGAGCCAUGGGAAGACUAUGCAUUCUGGCCACCUCAUUCCAACGCACUGAGCGCCGUGCACUAUCUGCAGCAGAUCCUUGCCCUUGUUGGGGUCGGUGCUGGCGAAAUGGUCGCGUUGGGUCCAGUGAGUAAAAACAAUGCCAUGUUUGAUAAGAUCAAGACCAUGAUCGCAGGAGCCCGAGAGCGAUGUAUGAGAGCCGUCUGUGAAGCCUGGAGCAAGGAUGCCGAAAGCUGCAAGUCAAUGGAGGACUGGGUGCGCUCGCCUGACAAGCGCGAUCAGACUCGCAUGCCGAUAUAUAUCGAAGCCUUCGAGAGAAAAGUACUUCAGGGUAUGCAACAAGUGCUAUAUCUCUCCGACACUACCACCAAGCCAGGAGGUCGCGACAUCCUCACCCCACCACCGUCGAAGCUUUUGCAAAUGGUCCGGACCCAGUUCGUCAGCUCAAUUUACAAAACGGCCAGUGGCAUGCUCGAAAACACCGAGGCUUCGAACCAAGGAGACGAGGAAGACUGGGUGUUGGUAACAAGCCUCAACUCAAUUGCCGUCGGUGCUACGCCAAGCGAAGCUCUGAUGCACGAUGCUAUCAACGCCUCCAGCCGUAACGUUCGCAUGCUCCUGACUAUGUCGAACCUUAAAGCGCUACGGAACGAUCAUGUGCCGGCACUCAUCCAACUGUUUGAAUCUUUAUUCUCUGUGAAGCUAGCGGAGGAGUCCAAGACCAUCAAGGAUGUUUUUGGUCAAAUUGACGCCAAAUUGUUCCAUUCAUACACCAAACCAAUGGUGGCGAACUUGACUCAAAUCGUCAAAGAUGGUAUCAACUCUCCAAGUUGGGUACCUACCAAUCCAAAGCCAGACCAAGUCAGACCGUACGUCUAUGCUGCGCUAAUGAAGCUCGUGAUGGUCCACACGGAGGUCUCUACGACUGUCCCAAGCACCACGGGGUCAAAUAGUCCACUACUGGGCGAGAUUCUGUCCUAUAUGCUCGAGAACAUCUCGCAAGCCCUGCUCGAGGGGUUCAAAGAGCGCAAACCAAACACCUACUCCCUCCCCGCUUUGAUGCAAGCGACCCUCGACACGGAGUUUAUUGCCCAGACCAUGACGAACUAUUCGACGCCCAAGGCAGGGGAGAUUCAAGGCCAGAUAUACACAGAGUUGGACAAGAGGACGACAAACGAGGCCAGGGCGAGAUUGCAGCAGGAACUGGGCGACAUGCGGAUCGUGUUGAAGAAACUGAGGGACGGCAGUCGAAAUAGCUUUGGGUGCUUCAAGAAACCGAGAAGCAGUGACAAGGACAGAGGGAGGCAGCAGACCACUGCUGCUGCGGCGGCGUCGUAA